AUGAAACUAAAGUUGAUCGUAUUCAUCUGUCUAUUCGGAUUGAUUUCGGGCUCUGGAUAUCUGGAAUUACAUCUUCAAAGUUCAUAUAAGCAAUCUGCUAAUGUCAAUAUUUCGUCAUCCUCUAAAAAUGAAAAAUCUAGAAUAAUACAAGUAGAAUUAAGCCCAAAGAAACGAUUCAAUGUCACUCGUAUUCCCAUAAAUUUCGAUAGAAUUUACAAUAUUACCAUUAAAUGUGGAGAAUCUAAAGAAGAAGGUUUAACAGAAACAACAAUCGUAUUAUCUGUGAUUCCAAAUCUGGGAUUACUGUCACCUGCUGCUGUAGCAAGACCUUUGAAUGGAAUCAGAGUAAUCAUUGGAUGUGAUGAGAAUUGGUUUGGUACGAAAUGUGACAUUUUUUGUGAUGUAAAGAAAACAAAAAAGUCUGGAAAAUCUUGCAAUUUCCAUGGGAUAUCGAGUUGUUCGAAUGAGUUCACGGGACCUAAAUGCGACAGAAAAAUUGAUUCGAAAACAUGCAAAUGUGAAAACAACGGAAAAUGUAUUGACUCGUCUCCGAAGCCAGUUUGUGAAUGCUCGAGGGCUUUUCGUGGUGACAAAUGCGAGAAGAAACAUCUAUCUGCUUCACUUUCUUCUCACUAUAAAGGAGAUUUCUGGAACUUUCGAAUGACAUUCUGGCAACUGAUUUUCUCGAAUUUAGUUGAAAAUCAACUGGCUGAAGUGAAAGAAUCUGAAGCUUGGGAGACAAUUAACAAGAUUCUGGGGAACAGUUCAGAAACUCCAUUCGCAAAUCGUCCCAGUGAUACAGCAGCGUUUCCAUUUACUGGAUCUGUUGAUCUAGAUGCAACAAAUAUCGAAUAA